UGGGACCCUGAGGACCGAGUGCUGCCGGAUUUUGGAGCAGAGGAGAGGAGCUCACGCCGUGCUCUCCUGCCUGCAGCUCACCGAGGAGAAAGCACAGGAACUGUGGACGAGGAGCUCUCCCAGUGCUCCCACAGCAUCUUUGACUUCCAAGGGGCGCUGGAUGGGAUUUUGGCCGAGCUGCUGAAGGACAGGCAGCAAGUGCACGAGGAUAAAAGCAUCCGGCAGAUGGAGUGCUGCCUGGAGAAGAUGCAGCAGAUCUACAAGCAGUUCAAGAAGGCCAGGACGUGUCUGAGGCUGGGCUACAACGAGGAGCAAAUCCACAAACUGGACAAGCUGAAUUUGGGGAAUCUAGCCAGGAAGGUGCUGUCCAUUUUCCAGAACGAUUGUGUCCAGCAGUACCAGGAGGCCCUGGCCCUGCACAGCAGCAGGAUGAGGAAAGUUUGUGAGAUAAGGAAGCACCUGAAGAGGCUGAGCAAUCGCAUCAGUGCCUGCAGCGUGGAGAUGACCGAGUGCCAGGACUGCCUGCAGKGUGUUCUGGACAAACUGCCCCCGCUGGACAGACGGAAUUUGGCCCCGGGUGCCCCYGCCCUGCCCAGCCCCGUCCCCCUGAGCCAGGCACGCCAGGAGAUGGCUUUGAGGAUGCAGGAGCUGCUGGAGCAGAUGAGGUCGGUCUCCUGCGAUCUGCAGUUCAACAACAGCAUCAUCGAGCGAUUGGGUGGGGCUGCUCCCACUCCCAGCGUUUGAGGGACCCAAAGGUGCAGCAGCUGAAGGGAAACCUCUUCCCACCGCUGGGAAUUCACAGCACCCGGAGCUGUUGGAUUUCUGUGCUCUGGGAGCUCUCCGUGUCCUACCUCUGCUCCAGCACUUUGCACCUUCACCCCCAGCAGCUCCCAGUGCCCCGAGCCUCGGGAGGUUUGGCCAGAAAAUGGAAAGUGGGGUUUGAUCUUUUCCUUAAAAAAAAAAAAAUGCUUGAAGGA